AUGGACGAUCUACUCUCCUCGCGCGUUCUCUCCCGCUUCCUGCCCGUGGCCGAGGGCGAUGUGUCGGUGUAUGAGGGCCUGCGACACAACCCCUCCCGCAUCCCACCCGACGUGGAAGCGCAGCGGGCCGGACGGAAUCCCGCUCGGUAUCACCAACCCUUCCACGACGAAGACGAAGACGACGAUCCCGACGCCUUCCUGUAUAAUGUCAACGAGUCAUCUCCAUCCACCGCGUCGCCGGUGAUGACACAGCCGCGAGGACAGCAGUCCAAAGGGAAACGAGGUCGGAGAGCGGAUGAGGACGACGAUGUGCCGGAAUCCUUAUUGAUGGAGCUGAAAAAGGGCGGGAAAAGCAGGACGGGAAUCAGUCGGGGUACGGGAGGUGUCGGCGGGGGCAUGAUGGAGUCCAAGCUGGCCAAAGCCGAAGCGCAGUGGAGGACGACCCAAGAACAGCAAGGAUUACAUCCAUCGCAUGCUCCACGAAACCCUCGUGCGCACUCCAGAUCCUCCUUUCCUGCAUCUACCGCCCCUCCCAUGGGUAACCGGCCGAAUCCACAAGCUGACGCAAUGUGGCUAUACACCAACGCUAGCAAUCUCGACGGAUUUCUCUUGGAAAUCUACCAAUACUUUGUCGGUCACGGAGUCUGGUCCAUCUUGUUAUCCCGCAUCUUGACCCUUCUGACGGAACUCUUUGUCUUUACCUUUUCCAUGUUCCUCACCACAUGCAUCGACUACUCCAAGAUCCCGCACAGCAAGUCCACCUCGGAGGUUCUGAUUGGAAAGUGCAUCGCCAAGGCGUCAUGGUUCAAGCAUGCCGCCAUCUUCUUCUUCGUCAUCUACUGGCUGUCGAGAUUACUGCAGAGUCUUCAAGACACCCGUCGCCUUCUCCGCAUGCGCGAUUUCUACCAACACGUGCUGGGAAUCAGCGAUGACGAUCUCCAAACUGUAUCUUGGAGGCGGGUUGUGGACGGCAUGGUUAAGGUCCAAAACGCCCACGUAGCCACCGCCAAGAUCUCUCCCAACGCGAAGAAGUACAUGAAGUACAAGGAACCUCAGCAAAAGCUCACGGCUGAAAGCAUCGCCAACCGACUGAUGCGACAGGAUAACUACUUUGUGGUACUUUAUAACAAGGACAUCCUGGACUUUACCCUUCCACUGCCAUUUGUGGGAACGAGGCAGUUCUACUCCAAAAGUCUGGAAUGGUGCAUCGGACUCUGCUUGUCCAACUUCAUCUUUGACGAACAGGGCAGUAUCCGACCGUUCUGUCUCGACGUCAAGAACCGAGCCGCGCUGGUGGGAGCCAUGCGGACGAGAUUCCGGAUCGCUGCCCUCGCGAGUGUGGUCUUGUCACCUUUCAACAUUAUUCGAUUCUGUUUGCUAUACUUCCUCCGAUACUACACGGAGUUCACACGCAAUCCCUCAAAAGCCAGCGCGCGCUCCUUCACCCCUUUCGCGGAGUGGAAGAUGAGGCAGCUGAAUGAGUUGCAACAUCUGUUCGACCGCCGCUUGAAGCAAGCCUACCCAUUUGCGAAUGACUACCUCAAACAAUUCCCCAAGGACAAGACGGACCAAAUCUGCCGUUUCGUAGCCUUCAUCUCUGGAUCCUUUGCCGCCGUCCUGACACUCGCCACUCUUCUCGAUUCCGAACUCUUUCUGGGGUUUGAAGUCACGCCGGGACGGACGGUGGUCUUUUGGUUGACGGUCAUGGGUGUCAUCUUUGGAAUUGCGCAUGGCUCUCUGCCGGAUGAGAAUGAGACCCAUGAUCCUAUCAUCCAUCUCCGAGAUGUCCUCUACUUUACCCACUACAUGCCGAGUCAUUGGAAAGAUCGCCUCCACUCCAACGAAGUCAAAGCCGAGUUCUCGGCAAUGUAUCAGAUGAAGGUCUUGAUCUUCGUCGAGGAGAUGCUUUCUCUCGUUGUAGCGCCCUUUAUCCUCUGGCGGAAUUCGGAAGCGCGGCAAUGCGAGCGUCUCAUUGACUUCUUUCGAGAACAGACCGUACACGUCGAAGGAAUCGGCCACCAAUGUAAUUUCGCAGUCUUCGGCUUCAAGAAGGAUGUCAAUGUUAGUGAUCCUAGAGAGGUGUUGGAAGGUGAGGAUGGUUUAAGAGACGACUACUACGGACUGAAGGAUGAGAAGAUGGAGGCCAGCAUUCAGAAUUUUGCACAAUACUACUCUCACUACCGCGAGCGAAAGGGCGAGGGAGGACAUCGACGCGGUGCCAGUGGUGGAGGAGGGUGGCAGGCGCCGAGAGAGUGGUCUGAUAUGCGUAAGAGUGGGACACCAGCUAUCAGAGAAGAGGGCGCGGGACGGAGAAGUGAGAGGAGAGGGCCCAGUUCUUCCACCAUGCUCUCUCCACGACAGACUGCGGCGCAUCAUUCACGACAUCCCCCACCGACAUCGAGGAGGAAGGUUGCUGCACCCUUCUCUCCACCAACCCAACCUUCUCGAGGCGGAGCACCACUUGGAGGCAUCACGGAAAGUCGCAUCAUGGCUGAUGAUUCCGAUUUGAAGGAUUUCGCCGACGCUCCUGGGAAUAUCGGAGGCAUGUUGGACAGUUCAGAUGAUGAUGAUAGUGAAGCUGAGGAUGGAGAGAAGAGAGACGGAGUGGGGAAUGCCGGGGUGUUGGGGAUGUUGAGUCAAUUUGCCAAGGCGCAGACUACAUUGGAUGGUAAGGGGGUUGCAGGCGCUGUUGGGGUUUGA